ACAAGCUUUCUGCAGACAGAGUGAAAGUGGUGAUGGAACACAUUUGGAAGCUGCAGGAGUUCUGUAACCACAUGGCCAGGCUGGGUAUCGAUAGGUUCGAGUAUGCGUACCUCAAGGCUAUCGUUCUUUUCAGUCCUGAUCACCCAGGUCUCAAUAGCACCAGCCAAAUUGGAAAGUUUCAAGGCAAAGCACAAAUGGAGCUGCAGGAUUAUGUCCAAAAAACAUAUCCUGAAGAUAGCUACAGAUUGGCCCGAAUUCUUCUCCGCCUGCCGGCUCUUCGAUUGAUGAAUUCCAGCAUCACGGAGGAGCUCUUCUUCACAGGACUGAUUGGGAAUGUUCAGAUUGACAGUAUCAUCCCUUAUAUUCUGAGAAUGGAAACUGCGGAAUACAACAGUCAAAUCAUUGGCACUUAACCCUGUCGAACAGUUUCUUCAGCUCAUCAUUAAACGUGACAGCUCCAUCAAUGACUGGCGGGAGAGCAGAGCACAGCUUGGACUGCACUAUCAGAAAGCAAAUAACAUCUUCACUG